CAGCAUUUGCAGGAGAAGACGCCGGCUUUACUCUAAUUGACGUCAAGGAUUGCACGAAUUGCUCAACUACUACUGUGCCUGGUCACUCAAUCGACACCUUCCUGUUUCUCCACGCCGAAUAGCUCCCUUUCCGUCAAGGCUUGCCAACUCCUCUGCAGGCACAUCAACAAUGAAUAACCGGCCAGUCGAGCAGGCCCUAGGCACCCUGGUCCCGACUCAUGCCGGCGAAUUGCCCCAGGAGCUUCUCAGCUUAGCUUUGAGUCUUGUUGCGCAAUCCCGUGCGUUCUCCGCCAGCUUGAAGCCCGACGAAGAGAUCGCUCGACCCUACGCUUGUGCGGAGAUUGCUUGCAAAAAGUUGAGUCGAGCUCUCAAACUUCCUCCUCUACUCGGCCGCCCACCCUGUCCGCCGCGCGUUUACAAGAAGCUCUACACAUUCCUCGACAAUUCCCUUUCCGCCAGCUCAGCAGGUAUCAAGCGCUCUGCAAAUGGCUCUGUGCCCGGAACACCCUCAAGAGCCGGCUCUACACAGACCACUCCUACGAAGACAGGGAACACCCCUUCCAGAGUCGGGCCCACACCUCGCGGCCUCCAGAACACACCAUCUAAAUCAACUCCUUUGAAGCGAAGUGUCAGCGUUGCGAAUAAGCUCGGCUCGCCAUCAAAGUCGACACGAAAAGUAGCCCCUAAACAACCCAAUGGACUUUCCAACUCAACAAUCAUUCCAGAUGCCCCAGCCUGGGUGAUGACCGCGAUUCGUACAGUCUGCAAGACACUUUCAACGCCCGCACCACGAACAACCAGCUUGUCCCGACCUCCAAUUUCAAGGACAUUGCCUCCUCACAUCUUCUCCGGUGUCUCAUCCAUCCUCUAUCUCACGGCAAGCAUGUCCAAUGACGAGGAAGGAAUGGAUGAAGAGACCCUCGAGUUUCUGGAACCAAUCGUGUCCAUUCAAGGGAACGAGGACGAUUUCAAGGAACUUGUCUACGCAAUGAUCGUCGCCGUCUACUUCAUCGUACUAGCACGGCGACGAAACCCAGCGCCCUCGGCAGACGGCGAAGUGGCCAAUACCGAAGGACAAAAGAUGGACAAAAAGACAUUCACCGAGAUGCGUCAGACCGCUUUGACCAGCCUCAGUCUCCCCAACGACAGGCGGCAUCGUGACGAUGUCGAUCAAUGGAUUGCAUUGAUUAUGGAACAAGGCUGGGCGAAUGGCAAGGAAUGGUUUGAUAAUAUCCCGCUUGCCGGUGAAUUGCACGGCGAGGACGAGGAGGGCAAUUCAUACCGCCAUCUUGAUGAGGAGGAUGCCGCGUUCAGGGGUGUCAAGUUGCCCAAGCGCAAUGAUGGCUCCGCUGGAGUUCGCACGGGGCAAUCCAGCAAACCUGUCCAUGGCGGGCUCUUGCCUGGUCUGGGUACUAUGAUGCAAGAUCGGGUGGAUUAUUUGAGUGAGGAUCGUCGGGAAGAUUAUAUUGAGUGGAAGGCAGAUAUCUUGGCUCGCAUUGAGGGUGCGACUCCUCGGGCUGGCCGUGCUACUGCGUGAAUUGUGUUAUCGAGGCGGAGUACUGGGAGGAAAUCCGCGCUAGAAUGAAUAUGAUACCCUUUGCAAUGAAACAACCAAGAUGUUCGGUAUAUUUGAAACGUGCGACAGGAU